AUGCCCAGCCAUCAGCGACAAAGCCUGUCCCAAGGCCCCUUUGAAGGUCUUGAACUUCAACACGAGGACCAGCAUCUUGGUCGGAACAUUAGACAGAUGAUCCCCGAACAACUUCACCAGGAGUUUCGCAAGUAUGUUUCUGAUGUCGCGGACGGGUUGAAGCAGUCCAAGGACAAUGAGACCGCUUUAGAUGAGUACAUCACCGACGAACUCGCUCAUAUGGUCUAUGGGUCCAAUAUGAUCGAGGUUGCUGGUGGAGGUGUCGAUAUUACAGUAAAGCUCUGCAAAGAUGUCUUUCGAGGCAAAGAGCUUCCCGAAGAGAUCAGCGAACGUGACUCGGACUACCAGGACCUCAAACUCUAUCUCCUAAACAAGAACUUACCUGCUGGACAUGCUGCUGUCCUACGAAGCCGCCGAGAGAUCGUUCAGCAUGCCGAAGCUGCACGAUACAUGAUCGAUCAAGUUUACAUCAAGGGCAAGGACUUGUCUCAUAAGAUCAUCAGCGAGACUCAUGGUAUCUUAACAGAAAAGAUCGACCUCGAUGGGACGCCUUGGCAGUAUUACAGUGGCCAAUACCGGACAUGGAACGUGAGAUGCGGUUCUCAUGUCUUCAUGGAUUACAGUCAAGUCCCUAGGGCAAUGCGUGAUAUGAUAGAUGAGCUUGACUCCGACAUCAAGGCGACCGAACAAGGACAGUUCGACCCUGUCGUACUUGCAAGCAAGUACUGCCACAAGUUUGUCAACAUUCACCCAUUUGCGGAUGGAAAUGGUAGAAUGUGUCGUCUUAUUCUCAACGCUCUCCUCCUCAAAUACAGCGGGGGAAUCAUCUGCAUCGGGCAGGAUGGCCAAGAUCGACGAGAGUAUAUGCGCAUUGCCAUAGAGGCAAGUGCAGGAGAAGCCUCACAGAGUCAAGGGUCUGGCGCUGCGAACUACAAGCAACUCGCAUCUUUCACACUUCGACAUGCCCGCGACAGUAUGCGCAAGGUUCGACAACUCUUCAAGCGGGACACUUAG